CGGCUCGAGGUCUGUCAGGAAGUCUGUGGUUUUCAUUUUUGGACAUCACCAGAUCUUUAGUAGGCACUUUCAGAGACUGAGAAAAAGUGCGAAAACAGCCCACUUGCUGUUGAGAAUCUCAAUGGGGCUGGGGAGACAAAGCCAACGUGAGGAGAGUUGGAUUGACAGAAUGACCCUUUCUUGAGUGCUGGCCUGGACAGAUGUUGAGCUUCUUGGCACCUUUCUUCCCCCCCCCCCCCUGUAAAUAGGGAAUGGGCACGCACUGAUGAUUAUUCUUUAAGAGGUCGACAUAGGCCGUUCAUUUCUACAGAGAAAUUAGAAAACAAUGCGUGGUAGUUUAUACUUAACUUCUACCCACCAGCACAUACAGACCAGGCCUGUAACUACCCCCUGGGAACCUGCGUGUCAGCAGCCCGGAGCCCAGAGCCUGUCCUGGAGCCUGCACAAUCAAUCCUGACUGAAGCGGAGGGACGAAGUGCAAUCCACCCAGGGCGCAGCUGAAUUUUGAGAGGCAUUAAUGCCUUGGCGUCCGCCAAGGGACCACUGGGACUAAUUCUCUUGGCAAACUUGUGGCCAGCCAAAACUACCAUGCUUCACAUCCCGGUUGUGCUUGGUUAUCGCCCAAGAUUGGCUUCCACAGGAGAUGAGAUGUGGUCUGAGGGACGGUAUGACUACGAGCGACUUCCAAGAGAACGCGUGCCCCCUCGGAGCCAUGCCAGUGAUGGCUACCAUAGAGUAGUUAAUGUUGUGCCAAAGAGACCACCACUGCUAGACAAGAGACCGCCUCUGCUAGACAAGAGACCGCCUCUGCUAGCCAGACCCGAUGAAGGAGGCUACAGUAGAUAUUACAGUCAUGUUGAUUACCGAGACUAUGACGAGGGCCGCAGUUAUUCUCAUGAUCGAAGAAGUGGCCCACCUCACAGAGGAGAUGAUUCUGGCUACAGAUGGACAAGAGAUGAUCAUUCCACAAGCCGACAGCCGGAGUACAGGGACAUGAGAGAUGGCUUUAGAAGAAAAAGUUUCUACUCUUCCCAUUAUUCAAGAGAACGAUCUCCCCAUAAAAGGGACGCUCCUUUUUUCAGAGAAUCGCCUGUAGGCCGGAAGGACUCCCCACACAGCAGAUCUGGCUCCAGUCUCAGCAGUAGAAGCUAUUCUCCAGAUCGAAGCCGGACGCACUCCUUCCACCAAUCCCAGCACAGAAAGUCUGCACGUGUUGGUUCGUCCUACAAACGACAGAAUGAAGCAAAUCCAGGAAGAGGUAAAGAGAGAUCCAUCCAGUCUUUGAAAACAUCAAGAGAUACUUCACCCUCAAGUUCUUCAGCAGUUUCUUCAUCCAAGAUGUUAGACAAACCCAGCCGGCUAACUGAGAAGGAACUUGCUGAGGCCGCAAGCAAGUGGGCUAGUGAGAAGCCAGAGAAAUCAGAUGAAAAUCACUUGGCUGAGAUUUCCGAGUUUGAGACGGGUUCCGUGGCACCCUUAUUUAUGGACCAGACAGAAGAACCCGAGUCAAAUACAACAGACGGCACAGAAUUGUAUGAAGACAGCCAGCUUAGCAGUCGCUCAAAAGCAAUUGCAUCAAAAACCAAAGAGAUUGAGCAGGUUUACCGACAAGACUGUGAGACUUUCGGGAUGGUGGUGAAAAUGCUGAUUGAAAAAGAUCCUUCAUUAGAAAAGUCCAUACAGUUUGCACUGAGGCAGAAUUUACAUGAAAUUGGCGAGCGGUGUGUUGAAGAACUCAAGCAUUUCAUUACCGAGUAUGAUAAUUCUACUCAAGAUUUUGGAGACCCUUUUUAGAAGAAUUAGUGCCCCAGUCAAAAAAAAUUUUUUAAAGCUUCUAGAUUUUUUUUCCCCUUGGAUUGUUUAAAUCCUUACUAUUUUGUGAUGAAGAGAAAUACUUUAUGAUAGCUGACCACGUUUCUAGUGUCAAAUAAACAUCUACAAUAGCUUUUAAAGUAUCUUAAUUUGAAUGUUUUUCCUAUGUGUAGAAUCUUCUAAUCCAUCUUCAUACACCUCUUCCCUCCCAAAAAUAAUGUUCAAUUAAUUUUUUAAAGUUCAAAAAAGCAGUUCUGGAGAGCAGCUCUCUCUACUUAACUCCUGUUCCCCGGUCUUCCACGGCGUGUUGGUCUCAGUAGUAUAAUUUGUAGUUAGAGAUCGUUCCAGGGUGCAUCUCGUAGGCACUGUUAGCAUUUUGAGUUGAGUUUGAUUUGCUGCUUGCUUUUCUCAGCUUUGUAACUUUUGGUAAUAUCAAAAUAUACUGUCUUAAUGAAUUAAAACUUUGCUAUCUUACGAUAUUUGCUUUGAGAAUAAUUUUUACUUAGUAUAGGAAAGAAGCACUUAAACAAUCUCUAAAGGACACGUCAAAACAAAACCUUAUUCUCAAGUCAUUGAACUUAGUGUGUCUCUAUGAAGUGAGAUUCCUGACUGCUCUCUCUGAACAAUAGAAGACUGAUAAGAAGUGUUCAAUCUGAGAUGCAAGAUGCAUUUUAAGUUGAGAUUUCUCAGAAACCCUUCUGGUGGCUAUAAUAAAAAAUUAGACUAUACAAGAACCUGCAUUUUGUUUUAGGCACAUUCUUUAUCAAAGAAGGACCUGACAAGUAGCUCAUGCUUGCGAUUAAAUGAGAUUUCUCUGUGAAUUUCCAUGAUCUCAGUUCUGUAGACUUAGAGAAUCUCCCUUUUCACAAGCGUUAUCAUAGAAAUGAGGUAGAAAACAGUGAGGCCAGCUCAGCUCCCCUUACCUUGUGAGUGAGCCAGUGAAUAAGUGAAGAGACGAUUAGGACAUUCUACUCAUUUCCUGGUCCCUUCCAACAUAGCAGUGAGCCAAAAUACGUAAUUUGUGAUACUUAAGUACCUUAAAAAUCAUGAUUUUAAUUACUGCCCAAUUGCAUUAUCCACUACUUUUUUUUUUUAAAGUCAGGGUUUUACAUUAUAGCCCUAGCUAGCCUGAAAACCUCUUGUGUAGACCAGGCUGGCCUCAAAGUCACAGAGAUCCUCCUGCCUCUCUCUCUGCCUCCUGCAUGCUGCACAUGUGCCACCAUGCUCAGUAGCCUUUUUUUCCUUUUCAUUCAUUUCUGUCCUUUUUCCUUUUUUAUUUGAGACAGGGUCUCACUCUGUGUCCUAGGCUGGCUUCAGACUGUCCUGCCCUGGCCUUUAACUCUUGGUUUUCCUGCCUCAACUUUGCUGAGUGCUAGGAUUACAGGUGUGAGCCACAUGCUUGCCAUUACAUUUAGUGGCCUCUAUUGAUACUAUCUACAGAGAUACCCCCAAAGUACAUACAGAUUAUAUUAAAAGUAGAAAUAGCAGUAUGAAUAAUUUUAAUGAGCCCUACAAUGGAUGUGUGAAGAUAUGUAUUAUGCCAUUUUGGAAAUUAAAAUCUAAUUGAGGACAUUUAUUUUUUUUCUUUACGUUUCCUAAGUGAGAACACUUGGAGCUAUUUUUGGCAUUGAGAUUCUAUACCUUUUAUAGACAUAUUCUUCCUCAGUACAAGUAGUGAUUGAACUGCGGUCACUUCAGAAAGACUGAAAUACUGAUGCCUUUUUCCUCCCACUAACUCUCAGCUCCAUUAAAUCAAGUUGUUACCAAGCAUGACUAUAAAAUCUGAGGAGCUACCAAGGCAAAUGAAUUGUUCAUUUGGUAGAAAUUCAUUAAAAGAGAAUCUUACUAAUAGUACUAUUUAAAUGUAGGUCCAACCAGUAAUCUCCUUCCCUCAAUUUACAUUCAGCAUUUGAAGCUAUUUGUAGCUUGCCAUCAGCAUUAUUCUGUAGGCUUGUCAGUGUUAAAUGUUUUGUUUAUUUUUGUUUUUUAAAAUGCCUUUGAAAGUCUAAUUUUAAAGCAGAUAAAUUCAUGUGUACUAGAAUGUGUAUUUUGUAAAAUGUUUUUGAUUAGAUAGAUAUUUGUAAAUUAUCCAUUGUUUUUGAGUAUAUGUAAUUUGUGUGAUAACAUUUUCAUUGUCUUACCAUAAAGCCUUGAUGAUCAACAUGGGGGAAGCAGAUCCUGUAAAGUUUUUGUGAACUUUAAAAAUGCAAAAUAAAGCAACCGAUGCUAAGUAA